AUGCGGCCCCUAGACCAAUUCUUGGGUCACCCCGCCAUGUUCAUCUCGCAUACAUGCUACAUGCCCUUUGGGGCCUCGAGCUACUCGGAACGCCCGAGCCAAGUGCACUCUGGGCUGGACCGGCAACGCGGUUGUGCCGGGAGCCUGCUGAGGCCCUCGAAGGCCUUGAUGCCGUUUGUCGGGGCCGCAGCUUUCUUCAGCCUUUGUUUUCCCGACAGAAGGCAGCGCUGCGGUUCGCAAAGGAAGGUGGCCUGCGCGAACUCGAGCUCAAGCCCAAGUCCAAGUGCGAGCCCAGCCACGAACGGCGGCACGACGAUCUCGGCGACCUCGGCUUCGGCGACGGAUCAGGAGCUGCAGCAGACUUUGCAGGAGAUGCUUGAGCCUGCUCGGAUCUUCCUCUCUUCUGGCCUGGUCGACCGGGCACUCGAGGCAAAGCUGCUUCUUUUGGCAGCUUUGGCUGGGGAACACCUGCUUUUGAUCGGACCGCCGGGAACCGCGAAGAGCUUGCUUUGUCGACGCCUGGCGACCUUGGGCUCCGCCCGUUACUUUGAGAGGCUGCUCACGCGCUUCUCUACCCCUGAUGAGGUCUUCGGCCCUCUCUCGCUGACUGCGUUGCAAGAGGAUCGCCUCGAAAGGAGGGUGGCCCGCUACCUACCGGAUGCCGAGGUGGCGUUUCUGGACGAAGUCUUUAAGGCCAACUCGGCCAUCCUCAAUACGCUCCUGAAUUUACUGAACGAGCGAGUCUACGACAAUGGCGGAGAGCGCUGCGAGUCUCCCCUCUGGUGUGUUGUGGGAGCCUCCAAUGAGAUACCCGCUGAGGGAGACCUUGACGCCAUCUUCGACCGUUUCCUCUUGAAGCGCUUCGUGACGUCUGUCUCCGAUGCACAGGCCCGCGCUCUGCUGGCGGCCGCAGCUGCCCCCACUGAGCAGGCCGUAGAGCCGCCCACGAUGAGACUCAGCCCAGCUUUGGGCCGCGAGGUCCGAGCGGCCGCGUCGCGCGUGGUUUUCCCGCCGCGGCUGCUGCAGAUGCUGGCGCGGCUACGGAAGUUUUUGCAGGAAGAAGUGAGCGGUCCCGUGCACAUCUCGGACCGGCGCUUGGCGAAGGCUGCACAGCUCGUCCAGAUCGUCGCCUUCGCAGCAGGGGGUCGAAGUGUGAGCGAGCUAGACUUGCUCUGCUUGCAAUACGUUCUUUGGGAUCGGGACCCCGAGAUCUCAAAGCAGAUCCGAAACUGGCUCCUGGCUGCCUUCGCUCCGAAAGCCACAGGUGGAGAGGUGGGUGAUAUUCAGGUCGAGGGCGCCGGGAGAUCCGACAUGGACGGCAUCUAUGAAUUCGUGGGUGACCGUAACGGCAAGCGUUCCUACGUGCAGCAAGGAGGUCCAGGGGCGAUUUACUUCGAUCUCUUCUGGAAGCUCUGCGAUGGAACCUGGCCCGGAGGGCCUGGCCGGCCACCGUGGUAUCAGAGCAUCGAAGACAUGGAGGAACUCGAGCCUCCGACGGGUGGUUGGUCGACCUGCUACGCUGCCGCUGAGCCUUCUCCGACCCUUUGGAAAGUUUUGGACGGAAGCGGAAGCUCUGACAACCCCGUCGUGCGUGCCAGCAUCCGGCUGGAGAGCUUGCGGCGUCGUGGGAAGAGGCCGGACGAUUCCCUACAGAAAGAUCUCAGUUCCUUCAUGAAGUCCUUGAAGGCUCUUCGCCUCUCGCGCCUUGAGGUUUUGUCGGCAUUGCAAGCCGUCCUUGCACCUGAAGGCAAUCUUAUGCGCUCUUUUUGGCUGGAGCAGCAGGACAUCGCAGACGCAGAAUCCAUGGUGCUUCCGAGUGCCCACGAAGCCGUCGGCCAAGUCGAGCGGCUCCUCUUUCAGGCCGAGGGAUUGCAGGCCGAGCUGAACAAUCGAGCAGAAGAAACGGCGCCGAACUCUGCAUGUGACAGAGCCGUGAGCGCCAACGCCCCUCUUGCCACGGAAGCCUCCAAUCAGGCCAUUUGCGCGGUGAAUGUGCUGGCCUCUAUUUUCUACUUGGAUCAGGCGCUCGUGGAGAUCUACGGUGCCACCAUGGGCUGCGAGAGAACCGACACCGGUGACGAGCGCAUCGGGUGCGCCGGAAACAUCUUCGGGAUUCUCCAGUCCUUCGUAAACACAGGCAGCUGGAUUGCUGGCCUGGUCACCCAAUGCAGCAAUGUCACGGAUCUGCCAGCCGACUGUGCCUCAGUGGUACUCAGCUUCCCGGGCAACAUCUUCGAGGCGCUGGAAGCCGGGCUGGAUGCGGUGAGCGGUUGCCAACCGGCCCAGGCAGUUCUGAACUCCUCGAGGCGGCUCCUGAGAGAUCGUGGCUGGUCCAAGCGCUUCAACGACUUCACGUCCCCUGCGCCACCGGCGCCGAUUCCGCGGCAGUUGGCACCGGGCCUGGGGUCUCCCGAAGAGAAGCUGGAUGCGGCCUGGUGUCAAGUGCACGUCACGCAGGCCGCCGUGUACUUCGCGCAGGCCGGGGUGUUCAUCGACGUGGCUGCACGGUUCGGCUGCAGGAACACCACGGGUGCCCUGAACAAGGCCAGCUGCGCUGCAACGGUGACGCUGAUCAUUGCGGCCAUCGCUAACGUCGUGUCCUACUUGUCCGGAGCGGCCCAACGCUGCGGUGACACUGUGCAGAUGGGAAUCUGCGGGAGCGAUGCUGGAAGUAUCGCAAAUGCCAUUGCAGGCAUAGCCAACGGAGGUGCAAGUCUGCUUGGAACUUGCCAGCAGAUUGCAUCACAGGGCUGGGAGAAGCUCCAGGAAUUCAGGCAGCUCGAGCAACCACCUGUGCCCGGGUUGAAGUUUGCGCAGCAGUUGAGUUUCGUUUGA